AUGGAGCCCAGGGAGCAAGAGGCGGAGCUACGCCCGGACGAGGCUGAGGAUACAGACCGUCACUGCAUGGUGAAUCUGCUCAAGAGGAUCCUGACCCUGGACUCCAACCUGAGGAUUUCCCCCAUGUCGGCACUCCGCCACCCUUUCCUCACCUUGAAGCACCUGUCCGGUGCCGCCCGGUUCAGCUGUUACCACCACAACGCCACACAGGCCAUGGAGCAGGCCAGCUUGGUUGAGACGGCGCCGGCUCAAAUCUCGAGAGAGGUGCAACCGCGACAACCCCCUCUACCUCCACGCCCUCAUACCCAGGGCCACCCCAACGCCCGUCUCUGUUGCGCCAGGCCGCUGAGGGACGCCCACCUGCCUCGCCCUGGUCCUCCAGCCUCCCCCGCCGGGUCCUCAUGUCCCCCAUGCGAGGCGCUCAGCGACGGGCUGCUGACCCAACAGUUGGACGAGCCGUCCUUCAUGAGUGGCCGUCAGAAUUUGGACCGUCCCACAGAAGCUCAGAACCCAUGGGAACGACAAGUCGCCGUCCGGUCUUCCCUGGCGGACUCUGGAGCGUCCAACCGCGACCCGAAGGGAUCAGACACUCUCAGCGCCCCCAGGGCACCAGGUCAGGCGGGGGUCCCGUCCCGCGGCCGUGUUCCCGUCCCGUGCGGGGGUCCCACGGGGGAGUCCCCCGGCCGGCCCUACCGGCUCUUCCCCGCCGCGGCAGCCCGGAGCUCCCCCACCCAGCGCCCGGGCUGUCGUCCUGGGCCCGACGUACGCCCUGCGACUUGGACCCCACACGCCCCCGUACAUCAGGCCGUCGCGCACCAGGUCCUUUCGUAUUCCCUGCCACACCCGACGGACCCCCCUCAUCGGCCCCCCCGAUCUCUCCACCAUCCCCAGCACCGGCACCCGGGAGCGGGCUCGCAUCAGUUCCCCCAGGGCGAGUGGCGAUUCCCGGGCCCGCUUGGCGGAGGGGGACCGCGGACGGACGGCCCGCCGUCUUCCUUCCAACCGAGCACAAGCACGGCGGGAGGUCACUGCUUCCACCCCCCGGCCCGCUCCUCCUGGUCCGACCCGUACCUCUGCGUGGUGGGUCGGUGCCCCAGGUGGCCAGAGGGGCACCGGGAAACUCCUCCCCCACUUCCCCUUCUCUGCAGCUCCUGCACCAGGGAGACUCUGUGUACCCCGACCCCGGUCGCACUGCACCCCCAGACCCACACCGGAAUGGGUCGGAAUGAGUUCCCGACCCAGGACCGGAAUAAGAUCUCGUCCGAGGACCGGAACGAGGUCAAGACCGAGGACAAGCAUGAGGUCCAAAUUCCGGUCCCAGUAAAACAAGUGAUUGAUGUCCAGACCCAGACCAUGGAGCCAGAGCAGUAUGAGGUCCACACCCAACCCCAGCCCGAGCUCCAGGCCAAACCCCCGCUACAGCAUCAACCCCAGGCACCGGCCCUCGCAGGGCCUCCGUCAGACCUCCACCCUGAUCUGGGUCAGCCGGGCCCCGGCCCGGGCUUCCAGGCAGAGAACCAGCCUCAGGAGUCCAGGGUCCAACACAUAGAGGUCCCUUACCUGACCAGGGACGACGCCAAAGACCAGGGAGCAGAGACAGACGACCACCAGCCUCCGAGCAAAGAGGCUUCGGUCCUGUGUGGAUCCGAGGGGGGCAGUACCUUCCAUCCUGGCCAGCACUUGGAGUCCCCUGGCCGGGUGUAAGAUCCUGAUAUCAGGCCCCUCCUCGGGGUCUCACCUCCAGCACCCACUUCACCACUCAUGGUCCAGCCCAGAGAAGGGUGGGGUAUGAGGGAGACUAUGGUGGUACAGCCCAAUGACGGCUGACUUCAAAACAACAGACUGUUGAAAGUCGAGGAGAAACGAGAAAGAGUGAGCUUUAUGCCACAUCUUUUGUAAUACAAAUGAGAACCAGGCGCAUUAGACAUCACAAUAAACACAUAAAGUAAAAAGGUUUGUAUUGUUUGUUAUACUUACAGUAUUGGGAUGGGGCAGCAACAUUUUAUUUGAAUCAAUGAUUUGGGCUAGAAGUACAUUAUAUUGUUUUAAUAUGACUCAACUCUUAAUAAAUUAUAAUGAAACAAUUCCUUAUAAUACACACUGUAUGUUGGUCGGUUGAACUGGUUACAAUGAAAACUUCAUACAGAAAUUAUAUCUUCAAUCAUUUAUUUCA